GAUGACAACAAUUGUCCAGGUUUGAUGAACGCAGAACAGGCAGAAAGGAAUGAUAACAUGGAGGAAAGUUGUGGUGAUCCAGUGCCAGUUUUGAAUUUCUCUGAUGCCGAUGCCCCGCCAAAUAAUGGGGAUGAUAUCUUUGUCCCUCUAAAUGAUCACCAUGAAGCAGAAGAUGAAAACAUGGAACCUGCAGAACAUAUUGAACGACAACAGAUUCAAACAGAAGAGAGAGGCUAUGUACUUCGGCAAAGGCAAGUCAAGGAAAUACCCAUCACAAAUAACAAGGUAGAGUACCUAUAU